AUGAGUAUCAAUGUUUCAGUUUUUUUGGUUGGAAGAGCAAUUUUAUUUGCCAUUAUUUUUACUUCUUGCCUGCUGAAGAUUCUGGCACUAGACAAUGGCUUGACACGGACUCCACCAAUGGGUUGGCUCAGUUGGGAAAGAUUUCGUUGCAAUGUUGAUUGUAAAAAUGAUCCUAACAACUGCAUCAGUGAAAAAUUGUUCAUGGAUAUGGCUGACAAGAUGGCUUCUGGGGGCUACAAAAAAGCUGGAUAUGAAUAUGUAAUUAUUGAUGACUGCUGGUCUGAGAAAAAAAGAGAUCAAAAUGGAAGAUUGCAAGCUGAUAAGAACCGAUUCCCAAGUGGAAUAAAAAAACUUGCUGACUAUAUUCACUCCAAAGGAUUGAAAUUUGGGAUUUAUGGGGAUUUUGGAACAUUGACAUGUGGAGGAUAUCCUGGCAGUAUAUAUUAUCUUGAAGCUGAUGCAAAUACAUUUGCAGAGUGGGGUGUAGAUUACUUCAAAAUGGAUGGAUGCUAUGCUGAAAUAGAGCAGUUUGAUGAAGGCAAAUAA